UUUUAAGUUAUUUUUGGACAUUCAUUACCUUGAAAACUUUUCUUAAUUUUCAGUGCUUUGAGUGUUCAGUAUGACUGGAAAAGUGCUAAAAAAGUUCAGUCCAUUUACCAUUUAAAAAUAAUUUGUGGAAAUCUCAGAAAAUACAAACAUCGUCUAAAAAGACGGAUGCAGUAAACUUCCUUGUUAGGCAUUGUAACUCAGCAGUAAUAAGAAGUCGACCUCAGCCACCGAAUAAACCAGAGAAACUGGGAUUAGUGACGUUUCCUAUGUAAAUAAAAGUGUUUUGAAUUUGUUGCGCAUGAAAAUGCUUCAGGAUAUGAACAUUUAAUCAAAUGCAAAUAGUGGUUGGAUUCAGUAUGUAAGCAGUGAACAUUGCUCCUCUCUGCAGUUCUUCAUCAGCAAAUAAAACAAAGAGGACAGAAAAAGACAGAUGGAGAACGUUUUUCUGUUUUUUGCUGCUGCGUCUGCUCUGUGCGAUGUCUCCUCAUUUCCUGCACGUAAAUACCAUUUUGUUUAUGAACCAAAGACCUGGAAUGAUGCUCAGAGUUUCUGCAGGGAACAUUACUUGGAUCUGGCAACCAUCGACAACAUGGACGACAUGAACAUCCUCAAAAAGAUGGGGGACUUGGAGAAGAUGCAGAACUUCUGGAUCGGACUGUAUGACAACUGGAAGUGGUCCGCGUCUGAUGGGGAGUAUAGGAACUGGGACUUUGGACAACCUGCUACGUACAACACAGAAGAGAACUGUGUGGCAAUGGGGAGAAAUGGUCGGUGGUACGAUGCACCCUGUGAGUGGUACAACAGACCAGCCUGCUCUGAUGGUACCGGAUUGAAUGUGACGUUUGUCCGCAUCGACCUCACCUUGAACUGGACUGAGGCUCAGAAGUACUGCAGGAAACAUCACACAGAUCUGGUCACCAUCAGAGAUGAUUCGGAGAACCAGAAGGUAAAUGCGCUGGUUCCAGUAGGAGCAGAUGUUUGGAUUGGUCUCUACAGGACCACCUGGGAGUGGGCGGACAAAAGCAACUCCUCGUUCCGGAACUGGAAAUCCGGGGAACCCAACAACGUCAGGGAGAAGAACUGUGCAGCAGUUGGAGAAUCUGGAACCUGGGAGGAUGACAACUGUGCUGUGGAGAAACCAUUUAUCUGCAACCAAGUUGCAGUUUCACAGAAGGUUCUGAAAGUGAAGCUGGUCACAACCUCCCCUCUGGACCUGGAGGAUCCUGCUGUGCUGGAAAACCUGCUGAAGCAGCUGGAACUGAAGCUGCAGCAGCAGGGAGGGAAGCCAGACGUCAAACUGAGCUGGAGGAAGCAGACGGAUGGAAAGAUAUUCCACAAAGAAGAAGAUAUUUAGGAGGAUCUUAGAAGCUGAAAAUCCAGCUGGUGCAACAGUUAUUUCACAAGAUGGAAAUAUUGAAAUGAUUGUUUAGUUGAAGGAACUCCUCUGAGGAGUGAAGAGGACUGAAUUAAUGCACAGAUGAGCAAAAUGUUGGUGGUGGUGUGUGCGUGUUUGGUGGGGAGGGGGGGAGCUUUUAUUUAAAUAAAAAAAAAUAUAACUGUCCCAUGCUUAGCUGUUGUUAUUCAUCCUUAAAUAAAAUUAUAAUAAUUUAAGUAAUGGGAGUUGUAAUUUCAGUCUCCUGUCUGAAUUAUUUGACAUCCGCUCACAUAAAAACAUUUUAGCUAAACUUUUUUUGCUGUUGUUGAUGGAAGUGAAAAUAGUCAAAGACCAGACAUGCAGAGAGAAAUCCUCCAUCAAACUUCUUUCCAAGCUGUGUGCUUUUGAACAGUAGAUGGCGCUGUUGUGUUCUGCAGCUAUCACCUCUAUAAACUAGUUAGUUUACGCUUGUAAAAAUUCUCACUGCUGUCAGACUGAC